GGCCUAUACAUAUACAAGUAACUUGCACAAUAUUCUAUCUUAUUCGAAGCUCUCCUUUCUCCAUGGCUACUACUACAAUGAAUCACUUCAAUUCUGCAAUGCUCGUCUUUGGGCUGCUUGCAACUCUCUCUCUUGAUUUCACAGUCGGUGAGAUCGGAGUGUGCUACGGCAGGAACGGCAACAACCUACUGUCGCCGCGGCAAGUGGUGGAUCUCUACAAGCGCCACAACAUCAGAAGAAUGCGAACCUACGACCCGGACAACGCCAUCCUCGACGCCCUCCGCGGCUCCGGCAUUGAGCUUAACGUCGUCAUCACCAACCAAUACAUCCAGCGCAUCGCUGCCGACGCCAACGCCGCCAACGACUGGGUCCGCGACCACGUCCUCAACUUCCCCGAUGUCGACCUCAAGUACAUCUCCGUCGGCAACGAGGUCAGCCCAGCCGACGGCGCCACCUCCCGCUACGCGCAGUUCGUCCUCCCCGCGAUGCGCAACAUCUACCGAGCUGUCUGCCGCGCCGGCCGCGCCGGCCGGACCAAGAUCACCACCACCAUCGGCAUGAACGCCCUCGGCAACUCAUUCCCACCGGAAGACGGCGCAUUCCGUGACGAUGUCGCCCCAUACCUGAGGCCGAUCCUGUCGUUCAUGGUCGGCACCGACGCCCCUUUCAUGGCCAACAUCUAUCCUUACUUCGCCUACAUUUACAACAAGAACCAGAUCGACCUCGGAUAUGCGCUCUUGGAGCCGGAUCAUGGGAUUCAGGUAAAUGGAGUCUAUUACGACAAUCUCUUCUAUGCGAUGGUCGAUGCUGUGUAUGCAGCGGUGGAGAGGAUGAUUGGGCCGUCCCUGCAGACGACCGGCAAUACGUAUAACCAGACGUCCGAGCAGAAGGCAAGGCGGGGGCGGAAAACGCCAAAAGUAGUGGUGACGGAGACCGGCCAUCCAUCAGCAGGCGGCGACUCGGCAAACAUGCAUAAUGCGAAAACCUAUAACCAGAAUUUGGCUGAUGUUGUGGAUGAGGGGACACCCAGACACCCUGAGCCUAUAGAGACGUACAUAUUUGCUCUAUUUGAUGAAAAUGAGAAGCCCGGCGCCGAGACGGAGAGGAAUUUCGGGGUUUUUUAUCCAGACGGGCAGCCUAAAUACGACAUGAAUUUCAACUAGUUUUAGUUUCAAGUGAUCAGAAAGGUGUGCUCGUAUCUGAAAGUAAGUCAGGUAUUGUGAUAUAUGUACUAUGAUCGAACGAAUGGAUGUAAUAAAAUAAAUGAAUAAAUGUCGACAAUGUUAUUUCGUUUUAUGAAGUACAAGCUUGAACUA